AUCAGAGAUGGUGUUGUAGUCACAACCUCUAUAGACAAAAUGUGGUUGAAAGAAACGGACGAGCACGACGUUUUGGUUCGUUACAUUGGCACAACUGACGGCGUCAUGAGAUUUUAUCCCGGAUUUAAAAUGAACAAGAAUCGAGAUUAUACUGUUGAACAGUGGUUUGCUCAAGCAGUGCGUAAUAAAGACUCAAUUAUCAUCACCACGGCAACUGCCAAUCUAUUCGAGUCGUCUUCCAAGCCAACACUUACUCUCAGCAAAGCCAUCACUUACAGGGCUUCGUCUAACGUUUUCGGUGUAAUGGGAAUGGAUGUGACAGUUGAUUUCUUUUAUAAUCAGAUAAUAGAUGUCUAUCCAGAGUGCCAGCAGAAGUACAAUUGUUUCGUGAUGGACCGUAGUGGAUAUCUAUUGGCUCAUGGUGCCAUUUUGUCUGGUUCAUCUUCAAAAUCGAACUUUCAAAGAAGGCACGUCACUGAAGAAGAAAUGCUAUUCUCAAAAGAGCUGAUUGAUGAUGAUAUUAUGGUGCGCAAAGCGUGCAUUAAUUACCAAGAUAUAAAAAGACAAUAUUAUUAUGAGGUUGUUGAGAUAGAGGGCGGUGUUAUCGACAAGUUAGCAACUUCUGGAUGUAUUCAGUACCGAAUACAAUUCAUCCCAAACACAAAUGCUGUUUUCGUUAUUAUUUCUACUCAACUGAGUUGCAACUUCAACUGUUAUUGCUCGAGGGUGAACUGUGUAUCGGAGGACGCUUAUACUUGUGAAUGUCCUUGUGCCGAAGAUGAAAAAUUGUUUGAUUAUUGUGAUUUUGAAUAUGACGUUGAUCAGGAUAGUAUCCCAUCAUGCACUCCGCCGUUAUUUGUCGUUCCUUCUGAUGACGAUGCGCCAUCAACAGAAGGUCUUCAACCAUGCAUCCAAACUGACUGCAGUUCAAAGUCUCCAUCAAGUUGUUCGAGUAGCGCAGUUUGCGAAAUGUGUGAUUCAGAAUGUAAAGAUAUUCUUCAAAAUUGCGGGGAACAACCUACAUCGUCAUCGAAUACCAUGAAUAAUUCCGACACAAACAUUAUCGUCAUCGCUGCAGCUGCUUCGGCGGUUUGUAUUGUGUUACUUAUCGUGAGUUGUUGCUUUAUCAUUAAGAAGAGAGGAUGUCCGAAUAAAACUAACAAACAGAACGAUGCAAGCUUGCCAGCUACCGGCCUACGUCAGCAGACGGGUGUGGCCUGCACAUCUAGAAACGAUCUUAUCUACUUUACUUCCAUAGAUUGUUUUAACAACGAAUCUGAAAAUUAUGCAAGCGCUAACAGUAUAAUAUAUGCGUCAGUAAUAGAUCCGUAAUGAUGGACCUUUCCGGAGUGCCAAUCAAACUAAAGUAAAUAACCAAUCAGAACAGGGCCAUUACGCACGCGUCUAACAAGCACAUGUGUUGUCCCGCAAACGCAUGUGUUUACGUAUGAUUUAACGCUGCUGUCUUUUUGUUGGACCUUAGCAAUAGUAUCCAAGGGGCGGGGCUUGGCUGGAAAGGUCCAUUGUUCACGACUAAAGUUUUGAAACAAUUUGGGUAGAGCGAGGGCAGCAUUACAUGUAUACGAGAUUGUAAAAUAAUUAAUAAAAUGAAUCAAAUUAUGUAUACUUGUCUCACCCACUGAACUACACAUACAGUACUCCCACUGUAAACCAGGCAGGCUUCGUACCAUUAAGUGCAAUUCUAACAGAUCAAGAAACUCUUUAACUAACAACUCUAGUACUAAAUAAUAAAGAUUUCAAGAGGUAAUUUAAUAUAUAAUUAUGGUAUUUAUUAAAUAUCACUUUAUUGCAAACGACAAUAAGGAAAACGUAAAAUACAAUCCUAGAUCAUGUCCCAAAUGAGGCACUCGCAAGGAGAAAUGGAGAACAAUGAGAAAAGGGUAAAAAUCAGUAAUUUAAAAAAUUAUAACAAUCCUAUUUAGUCAGUUAAAAGAUAUGGAGGAUUAAUUCAGGAUGGUUCGUUUUUCGCGUAAUAUAUACUAAAGGAAGAAAUUAUGGCAAGUUUAAAAAUACACAGAAUGUUUAAAAAUUAAUUGGGUUAUUGCACAUUUCAAAAUUGUUUUAAAUGUUUUUAUAUUGCGGGGAUGAU